AUGGGUACGCACAUCUCCAAGGUGAAGAGUAUCGACCUCGACAUGUGGACGCCGGAGCAGAUGGAGAACAUCCAGAAGUGGGGCAACAAACGCGCGAACGCGUACUGGGAGCGCCACCUCAAGCCAGGCCACAUCCCGCCCGAGCAGUCAAAGUACGAGUCGAGGCGUUGGGCGAUGGAGGGACCGCUUCCCAGGGACCCUAGCGUUCUGGACGGUGGCGCGGCGCCGACCGCGACGCAGACGUCAGCGCCCGCUGCUCCUCAGGCGACCUCGCCGCCUCAGCAGCACCACCACCACCAGCAGAGGCAGGCGCACCCUCUUCUCUCGCGACAGCAAAAGUCGUCUCCUGCCCCCGCGUCUGCGCCCGCCGCGGCUCCUGCUCCCGCGCCGAUCGUCGACAUCUUUGGUGACUCCCAGCCGACCUCUGCUCCCGCUCCCGCCCAGACGGCCCCUGCCCAGCAGCAGCAGCAGCAGCCCGCCGCCAACAUGUUUGACCUCGACUUCCGCCCGCCAUCGAACCCCCGCCCGCAGAGCAACAAGGACGACAUCAUGUCGCUGUUCAACAAGCCCACGCCGACGGCAUCUGCUCCGAUCGGAGGUGGCUUCUUCGCUGCCACGACGCAAUCGCCCCCACCCCAGGCUGCUAACCCUUACGCGUCAUGGAACGGCGGCAUCACGAGCUCGGCUCCCCCCCAGCCCCAGGUCAUGAACACGGCCCCGGUCCCAACGUGGGAGGCCAACCCCUGGGCCCAGCCUGCUACCCAGCCUCAGCAGCAGCAGUCCCUCGCGCCCAAGAAGGACGACCGCGACCCGUUCGCGAACCUCUGGGACUAG